GUUGUACCACUACUGUUGAUGAUGGUAGAUGAGGAGAAGCUGUGUAGAAACAAGAUGCUUGAGAUUUAUCUCUGGUUCCGAAUUAUUCCUCGUCACCUCGCAUAGCAAUUUGAGAACGUGUACGCUUGUAACGUGUUGUGCCUGUGCUAGUGUUGCUCGUUUUGAAUACAACAGUUUUAUGCCGUUGACAAAAGAGCAAUCUAACGUUUAACGUUGCAGAUAUUCUGAAUUCAUUAGAUCAGUAAUGUGUGGUUCUUCAGCGUGUGCAGGUCUUUUAAGUUUGACUGAACUGUGUGAAUAUUGUUUAAUUGUUUAAUAUUAAAUGCUAAGACCGAUGGUUACGGAAUGUAUGUCGGAGCAUGCUCUAAAUCUUUAAAUCGUAAAUUGGUUACGUUGUGAAGUUCCAGAUUGUCAGAAUGAGUUCAAUGGAUCGUGAUCGAAAAAUGAUUUUUCGCUACGGCGAAAAUCUGGAGUAUCGAUCAAACUUUGUGGUAGCUUCGCCUGAAGAAAACAAUAUUGAAUAUUCAAGAAAAGGAGGAUGUUUCGUAUCCAUUUGCCGUGGAAUUAGUAUUGCAGUCUUGAUUUUCGUGUUCAUCUUUUUCAUGUCAUUUACAAUAUUCUUCAGCACUAAAUACGCAUAUGAGCAUAAACCCAACAUUACGUUGGAAGAUUUUCUGAACCAUAGGGCAUAUCUGAUCGACAAACGGUCGAGGAUACCGAAACAUGUCAUACCCAAGCACUAUCGUCUUUUCAUUCAUCCAAUUUUUAACGAAACAGAAAAUCCCUUCACAUAUAGUGGAGUCGUGUGGAUUACAGUAACUUCAAAAAGGCAUAACAAUAAGCGGAUUGAGUUAAAUGUGAAAAAUUUAAAUAUAAAAAUGGAAGACGUGACUGUUCUGAAGAGCAUACGGCUAACUAACCUGGAUUUUGACGAGGAUCUUGAUUGGGAUUUAAGCGAAGAAGAUUUACUACCACGAUUCCGAAUGAGGCGACAAGUUUCCGGCACAAAUGACACACUCGAUUUGGAAGAUACCUUUGAGGAUGUAAGAAACCAAACAGCUGAUGGUUUAGAUGGUUUAGAUGAUGUUCAGGAUAAUGAAAAUGAAAUUGAUGGAAGUAAAUACUACUUUCACCCAGUGUUUCCACCAGAUGAUUUCGUAACCAUCAAAAUAUUGGAUCUGGAAUUUGAUGAAUCGAAUGAAAAAAUGAUCAUUUAUCUUGGAACGGAAAUGAAGAAAGACAUUUACUACAUCGUCAAGGUUAAUUUUACCGGUAAUAUGACCAAUGAUAAGGGUUUAUUCGUUACGCAUUACGAGGAUGGCGAAGAAAAUCAUAAGUUCAUAGCUGCUAGUAUAUUGGAACCUAAUAAUGCAAGAAAACUAUAUCCGUGCAUGGAUGAUCAUAACUUUCGGUCACCUUUCGAGAUAAACAUUGCAAGGAAAGUCCAUAUGAACACCGCAUCCAGCUUAAACCGUGAAUUAUCAGAACCAAUGGAAAACGAGGCAUUUGUUGUGGAUACGUAUAACACAACUGGGAUGAUAAGAGCCUCAGAGAUUGGAUUCAUAAUCACAGAUAUGACACCGGAACGGUACGAAUUGACAGAUAAAGUACAUUUGAUUGCUUACACGAGAAACAGAUAUGAUAACUAUCUGAAGGAAAUUGUUUCUAUAUUUGCUGCUGUUAUGAAAGUCUACGAACAAUAUAUGCGCACUAAUUUCCCGUACCAGGCAAUCAAAUAUGUUACCAUUCCUAAUGCGGACAGAACGGUAAGAGAAAUCAAGGAAGGCAUGAUUUUAUCGAGCGAAAAACGGCUCAUCAAGGAUCCAUCGUACUUCCCCACCACUGAUGAUUCAUUACUUCGAGUUAUUUCAAAUGAACUUGCAAAGCUUUGGAUUCACAACCUUGCUGAUUACAAGAAUAAAGAAUUGUAUUGGCUUCACGAAUCCAUUCCUUUAUACAUGGAGUCGGUGGCAUUGAAGAUGUUGAACAAUAAUUCCCUUGAUGUGGAUGAUUUCUUGUUGGAAGGUAAAAUGCGUGCCAUGCAAGAAGAGGUCAACACAAAAACAUCACCAUUGAAUGUUCUAACGAAUCCCUGGGAAGAAGACGUCCAUUUUGAACUAGUUCGAUAUAAGGGACUUAGUUUGCUGCGUAUGAUGAAUUACACCCUUGGGGAGGAAACUUUUGAUGCAUUCAUUAGAGAGUACUUUGUGCAAAGGAUGAAUAAUGAUUCUGUAGAUAUUAUAGAGAUUCUCAACAACAACAAUCGUCACACUAAUGGAAUAUUCAACAGCUUUCUUCAUAGCUGGUCAAAUUUUGAAAAGUAUCCAAUUAUAGUAAUCCAAAGAAACAACUAUAGUGGGCAUUUCGAGUUACGUCAGCAAAUGAUUCCUUUCGAGGAGGAAAUAAGUGAACAAAUUUGGACAAUUCCAAUAACAUUCAUCAAUGAUACUAAUCAGCAACUGUUUUUUGAAAAAAUUCGUUGGCUCAUAGAUUCUAGCAAUUUACUAAAAAUAGAAACAAGCUGCGAGCUGAUAACGAACAACACGUGGAUGAUAGUAAACCCGAGUGGAAUAGGAUAUUAUCGAGUAAACUACGAGCUGGCACACUGGAUGAAACUGGCGAAUGUGUUGAACGCGAAUUUCAAAACACUGCCUUACAGCACAUUGGCAACUAUCAUAGAUGAUGCACUAAAUUUGGCUCGCCUUGGACUGCUAGACUAUUCGGUUGCGUUCAAUGUUAUUUCUUUUUUGAGGAAAAAUGAUGAUCUUUUCCAACCUUGGAAAAGUGCCCUCGAUAGUCUGAAAUUUAUCUACGAAGCAUUGGAAGAUCAUCCAAGUUUUAUACACGUAGAGAAAUUCCUUAACUACUUGAUAGUAGAUAAAUACGAAGAUCAUGUUAUCAAUGGCAACAACCGAAAUUCAAUGAUUUCUCCACUGUUGAUAGAAUGGGCCUGCAGGUUGGGCGUUGCAGCGUGUAUAGAGGAGCAAAAGCGAAUUUUCAGAGGAGUUUUUAUAGAAGGCACAUUUUCGGCAUUUCAUCGGUCCGAGAACGAGCUUUUUCUGUCUACCUGUACAGUUAUCAAAUAUAGCGGUACAAAUGAGUGGACAUUACUGAAGGAUAAAUUUUUGAACUCAGAAGAUAUCAACCUACAGAAAAUCAUAGUGAAAUCUCUGGGAUGCACUCGUGAAAUAAGUUUAAUUAGGAAAACCCUGGAUUUACUGAAAGACCCACUGUUUAACAUAUACAAUCACCAUAUACUCUCUUCUAUUAGUAACAAUAAGAUAGCACUAAAGUACACCUUAGAUUACCUGUAUAACGAAUGGAUUGAUGCUAGAAAGUAUCUAUCUUUGUCAGAUUUAUCAAUUCUGCUUAGGAAAAUAUCGACAGAAAAUGAAUUCACAAUGUAUGAACAAAUAUUCUUCCGAUAUUCUUAUACUUUCCAAACCAUGGAUAAAGAAAUAUUGAAGCGCAUGCGAGACAUGAUAAUCAAACUGAUAAGAUGGAAAAAAGAGAUUGGCCCUACUAUUUCCUACAAUCAAAUGAUGUUUGAUCAUGAGGACAAAUAAACAAGUAAAUUACGAGUAAUAUGAUGUGAAAGAAUGUAGACAAUAAAAAAAAACAUAGUAAUUUCAACUACUAGAUCAUCAUAAAAGCUUCUAAGCUUUUAACCAAAGUAAUUCUUCAUAUAAGCCUGUAUAAUCACAAUUGUUUAUGUAUAAGCAACAUGAGCUCUUUUGAACAUAAUGUAAUUACCGUAGUAGAUUUUAGUUAUUUUAAGGUUAGGUGAAAUUAUUAAUCAAAUAUCGGUAUUCUCAUGAACCUCAUAUCAAACCAUUGAUAUUUCAUUUAUGGUUUAGACGUUUAGACGAAAGAAAGGGA